CUUUAUUUUAUUUUCCUCGCUAGACGCUACUAGUAGGUUGCACAGCGCUGCAAUGUCGUGUUUUGGGUGUUUUAAGAGUAAAAGCGGGGAGAAGGAGGCAGGCGCCAACGGGCACGCCGUGGUCGCUCGUCCCAAGCUAAACAAUGUUGCGCAACCUGCAUCCACAACCACCAAACCAUCGGUGGCCAAGGUCCCGUCAUCGGUAGAGAAGACAAGCUCUCAAGAGCCGUCGCCCGAAAAGGAACCAGAACCGCUGCCCGAUUCUGAGCCAGAGGGGAAACCCCCAAUCGUUGACCGCUGGCAACAAGCCUUCGACAGUCUGUCCGAAGACAAGCAGAAAAUCCUGAGAGAACUCGGCUUCGACAAGCCCAAAUCCGCAAAUGUCGCAUCCAACAUAACCGAGCUGAUCGACGCCGUCAACGAAAAGCAAGAGGAAUGUGAGAGGAAGUUCUGGAAGCUGAAUGUUGGCGGCAAGGAGAUUGUGUUCCGCGACUACACGACGAGCAUUGUGGGAUGGUUGGAGAAGGCUGGCGAUAUUGCUAUUCAAUUUGCACCCCCGCAGGCGAGCUUGCCGUGGGAUCUGAUUAAGUCGCUAAUGAAGAUUCCUGUUAACGAGAGCGAGCAAAUGUGCGCCUUGCUCGCCACGACCGAACGGAUCGUCCGCAUUACCAGUCGCGGUCAGGUGUACGAGCAGGUCUAUCUGCCAACAGAGCCUGGAGUUGAGAUGCAAUCGAUACAGAAACAGCUCGAAGGCGCGUUGCUCCAGAUUUACACAACCUCGCUGGAGCUUCUCGCCGACUCGGGGAAGCUACUGGAUUCGAACACUGCGAGACGCACAAUCGAAGCAAUUGUGAACCCAGGUAAAUUCCAGGGUCAAUUAUCCGGCCUCAAGGAGGACGAAGAGGAGCUUCUUCUCGACGUGCAAGCCUGCGAAGUCCAGCGCAGCUCCGAUGCAGACAACACGAUGAUCGAUAUGCUAAAGACAUUCAACGAUCCGAUCGUUCGUAUCGAUGAGGGUGUCGCUCAUCUCCUCGCGCAUAUGAACGAAAGCGACCGUAUCGAAAUGCUGGAAUGGAUUUCACCUGUCCCGUUUGGCAAACAUCAUGACGGUGUGAGCGAAGAUAGGACGCCCGGCACAGGCGAUUGGCUACUCACGCACGAGGAUUUCAGGAAGUGGGAGACGAAAAACUCAUCGCUCCUGUUCUGGCUGCAGGGCUCGCCUGGUACCGGUAAGACAUACCUGACAUCAGCUGUCAUUGAUCAGAUUCGAGCCCAAGUCGCGACCAAGAACGAAGGGUUUGCUUUCUUCUACUGUCGCAAGGGCGACGAGUCACGGUCGCAGCCACAGUCAAUCCUGCAGAGUUUUGUGCGACAACUGUCGACCAACGCAAAUAGCCCCGAGUCUGUCCAGAUCAAGCUUCGCGACGCAGUCAAAGAGGCGCGUGAGAAAGGAACCAACUUCCGCUUUCAGCAGUGCAAGGAGCAAAUACUCGCCUCGUUGAAUAUCUACGCCAAGUCCACGCUUGUGAUUGACGCCCUGGACGAGUGUGAGUCGGAUACUCGCGACGAGUUGAUCGAGGCAUUGAACUCGUUUAUUCAGGACUCUGAGAAACCAGUCAAGAUCUUCAUCUCCAGCAGACCGGAUCCAGCCAUUGCGUCUGAGCUGGAAGGCAGUCCAAAUAUCGGCAUUCAGGCUGGCGAUAAUCAGGAUGAUAUUAGAAAGUACCUCGACAUAGAGCUUGACAAGGUAUCGAAAAAGGUCGCCGUGUUAAAGCGCAUGAAGGAGGAGAUCAUGGCCAAGCUCCUUGAGCGCGCACAGGGCAUGUUCCAGUGGGCUGUCCUUCAGGUCCAUCAGCUCUCAAAAUGUCAAUCUGCGCCCAGUGUCCGCGAUCGCCUCAACAAGCUUCCAGCCUCCCUAAAGGACUCCUACGACGAGGUCUGGGAUCAGAUCAAGAGCCUGGAGGAUAACGAUCGGAUUCUUGCAGUACGUGCUCUUCACUGGGCAGCCGUCGCAUUCAAGCCCUUCACUACGUCCGAGAUGUUAUCUGCUAUCCGUAUGCAUCCCAAUGGAGGGAUGUCUCCGGUGGAUGAGAUGUUGGAUCAGGCAGGACUGCUGUCGCUUUGCAACGGCUUCCUUACCGUUGAUAACCAGUUGAAGGUCUGGCGCUUCCCUCAUCUGUCAGUCCAGGAAUACUUGGAAUCGGAGAAACGUGUGUGCAUCCCUCAGGCACAUUUAGACGCUGCGACUGUCUCACUGUCAUACUUCGUCCGCUCGUAUGAGGAUCACGACCUGGAGCUCGAGUCUGAUCCGGAGGAGGCUGGGGAUUCUGACGCAGAAGAGGUACCGCCGCCCGAGACUGAUGAUAGCUUUGGCAAAAUGCACCCCUUCCACGUCUACAUGAGGCACUGUUGGCCCCUGCAUGUUCAGAGAGCCGACGACACCGAUGUAUCCGAACUGAACUGCCUGUUGAAGGAAUUCCUUGGAUCGCCCAAUGAAAGCAGCUUGCAAUAUUGGAGAUGGCAUAAGCAGACCUCACUCGACUUCGACCACUUCUGGACUAGAACCGGCUUCGAUUACUGUUUGGAAAACCAUUUCGGGAGCGAGGGGCUACGCGGGGUCCUCCCUGAACUGGCUCCGGUGCAAUCUGCAAUUUUCGCCAUGUGUCGUUUUUCAUUUGACACUAUUCUCGCCGACUGGUGGCAGGAUGCCAGGAUUGAUGUUUCUCGCGUGAACGAGAAUGGCCACCACCUUCUUGCCCUCGCUGCCCGAGGUGGCUCAAUUCAAGUCUGCAAAUGGUUGCUUGAUAGGGGUCUCGACGUGAACGCUCGGUCCCAGGGUUGGUACGACGGUUCAGCUCUUGUUGCAGCGGCGUCCCAGGGACACACCGAGCUCGUCAAAUACCUCGUCAAGGCCGGCGCCGAUGUAAACAUGACUCAUCCGGAAGGCGAGGGCAUAUAUGGCAGCACAUUGCAAGCAGCUCUUGAAAGUGGCAGUCUGGACACGACCAAGUAUCUAAUCCAAAAGGCUGGGGCGGACAUCCGCGCACCACUCCCUCGAUCGCUAUCUGGCUCCGCGCUCGGGACAGCCGCUAACAAUGAAGGCACUGCAAUGAUGAAGCUCCUCCUCGAUGCAGGCGCCGAUGUGAACAAUGAGAGCGAAUAUGGGCUGACGGCGCUGAACGUCAAAGUCAGGAACGGGGAGCUCGCGAGUGUCAGAUAUCUCGUGGAAAAGGCCAAGGCUGACGUCAACAAGGGCGACGCUCUCGGGCACGCGGUAGGCCUUAGAGACAUAAGCAUCGCAAGGUUCCUGGUUAAGUCUGGGGCAGACGUCAAUGCCCGGUUCACAUCGGGGACGUUCCGCAGCCCCCUUGCCGUCGCUUCCACGAGCUCAUCUCAUCUCGAGGCGGUCGAGUUUCUACUAGCAGCCGGCGCUGAUCCGAACUUGCCACUUUUGACUGGGGACUUUGAGAACGCACUUGCAGUUGGCUGUGCAGAAGGAGGCCCUGAAGUGGUCCGCUAUUUGUUGGCGGCCGGUGCGGACCCCAACACGCCUUUCACGAGGGGCAGGUUCGGCAGCGCCCUCGCAACAGCCGCGUACGAGUCCAUCGAUGUGGAUAUCAUCAAAGCUCUCCUCGAGGCAGGGGCUGAUAUCAACAUGGAACUCCGGCACGGAGACUUUGGAUGUGCACUCGCAGCCGGCGGCGCAGGACGGGAUUACGGAGAUGUCGAGGUCUUCCCAUAUCUCGUGGAAGCGGGAGCGAACAUCAACAUGCCCCUCAAGCACGGCCUGUUUGGCAGUCCGUUCGCAGCAACCGUGUGGGGUCGCCAGUUCGAAAAGAUCCAGCUUCUCGUUGACAAGGGCGUCGACGUCAACAUGGCCCUUGAAAACAACGACUUCCCCAACCCACUCGCUAUGGUCGCAGCGUUCACCUGGGGAGAGGGGACCGUCGAAUACAUCCGUGACCUGGGGGUUGACGUCAAUCCCAAAACUCCCGGGAAACGAUAUGGCAGUCCGCUUAUCGCUGCUGCGGCGUUUGGGCAGAAGGAGUGCGUGGAAUAUCUGAUUGAGGCUGGAGCGGAUGUUAAUGCAAAGUAUGAGGGAUCGUAUUAUGCUAGCGCGCUGCAGGCUGCCAAGGCGGAUAUUGAAACUGAAGAUAAACAGUGGAUGUUGCGUUUCUUCGGCGGUGAUAUGGAUGAUAUCGAGGUGAUUGUCGAGGAGUGGACGGAGGAGAAACCGGGGGUUGCUGAGCUCCUGAUAGAGCGUGGGGCGACUGCUUAGAGACGCGCAGACUUUACGACGACGAUGGAUUUUUGUGGUAGUUUGACAUGGUUGUAGCUUCAAGCUACUAGACCGCUCGUACACUAGGAUAAGAAGCCAUUUUGACCAUUUGUUAGUGAAUAUAUAGAUUACCUUGUUCAAAACAGCGUCAUUAAGCGAGCAAGUAAGCUUAGCGCCCUU